AUGAAAUUCACGAUCGUUUUUACCACACUCUUGUGUGUAUCAACAUCAUAUGGUGUACUAGCGAAGACAGUUGAAGAUCCUAAAGAUAAACGAGAAGCAUCAGCGAGCUACGGGUCGCCAGCAUACUCGUCCCAAAGUUUUCAGGCACCAGCAGCAUACUCUCAAGAAGACGCCAGUGCGAUCAGCGUUGGUGCCGGCUACAGCAUCGGUGGAGGAAAGCCUACCUACAGUUUUGCUGGUCAAGGAUCAAGUGCUAAUCUACAAAUUCCUUCUGAGGGCUUAUCUCCUAAUGGUCAUGCUACCAUACAACUAGCGCCCAUUACUUUACAACCAGGUCACGGUGGUUUCGCAAGCGGUGAUCUUUCUCAACUCAUGAAUCAGCUUACUCACAGUCUCAAUACUGGAGCAAUUUCAUUUCAACCGUCCAACACGGUAGCAGAGUUCCACCAAGGUUCCGAGGGUGUGCAAGGUCUUGCUCAAGGACAACAGUUAUCGCUACCGCAAUUUAGUUACGGAGCUCCUAAAUAUGAAAUAUCUCAACAAUUUUCUAGUGCUCCUUCUUAUUCUAGUGGUGCAAAAAGUUUAAAUCCGUUCACUUCAACUGGACCCGUUCUUUUUAAUCCUUCCGAUUUACAAUCAGGCACCUCCGCUGCACCUUCUUUGACUUAUGGCGCUGCUGCUUCUGGCCACUCAUUGGGUGACGCAGGGUCUUUGUCCUUAGGUGGUUCUGGUCAGUCUUUUGGUGGAUCUUCUCACUCUUUGGGAGGGUCUGGUCUUUCUUUGGGUGGUUCUGGACAUGCUUUGGGUGGUUCUGGUUAUUCUUUGGGCGGUUCUGGACAUUCUUUCGGCAAUUCUUUGGCUGGCCUUAACCUUGGAGGGGUCGGACCAUCUUAUGCUGGUUCUUAUAAGCAAUUAAGUGGCGGUUACACUGCACCUAGCAAAACAUCUUUCAAACCAUCAACUUUCCUCGGUUCGUCCGUUCAAAGUGAAUCUGGCUCUGGUCAUGGUAUUUCUAGUUUAUCCGGAUCUUACGGUGCACCAUCUUUUGGUAGUUUUCGUGGAGGUAAUCACGGUGGAUUAACACUUAGCUCUGCCGGUCACGGUGCUAGUUUCGGAGGUUCGCAAGGUUUUGGCAGUGGUUCCUCUAAGUUCAUUGCGCCUUCAUACCAAUCAUAUAAAAGUGAGGGAUUAGAAGGUGCCAAUGCUUUAUCAUCAGGCCACUUCUCUUCUCCUCCUGGAACAACUUACGGGAUACCCUCAUCGUCAUUUUCAAACAACCUUCACUCUGCAUCUUCUAACAAACCUUAUUACGUAAGCACAAAACAUUAUCGUGGUGGACCCAGCAGCUUUGGCCAUGGCAGUUCAGCACACAGAUCUCCCCUUUCGUCACACAGUUCUAUAAGCUCCUUUUCAUCAGGACCAAAAUAUAGUUACGGAGGUUCCAGCUCUCAGUAUGAACCAACUGACGCUCACGGGUCGGCAAGCGAGACUUCAUAUAAUACCAUUAAAUACAGUGAACAAUUGAAGCCGAUAGUUAACUAA